AUGUCUGAUCCGACUCUGCCUUCUGGUGUAGCGUUGGAAGAAAUGGCGAAUGCUACGACCCCGGGCGUCCCGACCGCCUGCGGCUGGGGCAUCGAUCCUGCUCUCCUGGGAGAGAAUGACGAGACCUUCGAGCAGCCUCUUUCUGCUGAUGACGCAGCACUCGCAGCAGCUUUGGAGGUAUUCAACCGUGCUGCUUCCCGGGUGCCCACAUCCGCGCCGUCUCCGGUAUGCUCUGUCAAUGAUACGGCAAACAUCGGCACUGAUUCCAAGCAGGACAGCACGGCGACCUUCGAACCAGGCUUUUUCGGCGAUGCUGUAACGGCAUUCGACGCGACGCAAUCUCCGUACUCCUCGAUCGCGUACGAGCCGAACGUCGAACACACUAUCUGGGAGGGCGUGAAGAUGGAGCACCAGGUGGACUUGCCCGCCUACAGCCAUGAGAUGCUGCCGUUCAAUGCGGCCUGGCAGUAUGCUCCUGCUGAUCCGACAUCUUCGUUUGCUCCAGAGUUGCCGGUCAGUUUCGGUCUCUACGGUACCGAUGCAAGUGAUAUUGCCUGGCCCCUGAAGGAAGAUCUUUCGGGUGCUGAGUCGCUUGCGGUUGACCCAUCGUCGCAGGACAACCGCAUUGCUCUCACCGUGCCAGUGUUUGAGCCGAUCCCCCACGCAUCGACUUUCUUCGAGUUCGAUAGCGCUCUCCAGGAGGACACCAACGAGACGGGCUCGACUGACCAAUUCCUAGUCUCCGAGCAGUUGAAUGGUACGUUACCUCUUCUCGAGAUCUUUCCCAAGCGUGAGCUCCCCCGACCAACGAUGGAGGAGCUGAAUACCGCACUGAAGGAUUCCAAGACCCCUGACCGCUUCAUCCGAGACGCUAGGAAGCUUGCAACUGCACGUCGAGCUCUCCUUGCAUCUGGCGGCUUUUCUCAUGGAGACCCAUCUAACUUCAUGGCAGCGCCCCUGGCCCCACCAACGAUGCCGCCGCGAAAGAAGGUCAAGCUCGAGCACCAGGAUAAUCCUUGCAAGGGUUCAGCCGCUCCUGUAAACUACCGCUCCAUCAAUCCCGCAAGCGGCCUGAUUCGCGACGCUGUCGAGCCGCAACCCGACGAUUACUCCGAGGGCGCCCUUAUUUACCGCGUCGCCACUAGCCCUCUCGGUCUUCAGACGCCCUUCACCAUCCAGGACGACUACGACUUGAUCGGCGCGUGCUUGCACGACCAGCUUGUCGUUGAACUCAACCGCAAGCUUCGUGACGGCUUGGACCUGCAUGGCCGACGCCUGAUCCGCGGCAUCUCGCCGUACGAGGUGAAUUCGGACGAGAAGCUUCACCGCAUUCUCGACUUCACGAAGAAGGGCUUGCAGGUCAGGAUUGACUGGAUGUUCUGCACGGAGCAUCUAGAUCUUCUAGGUGAGCUCGACUUGGACAAGGCAAACCUCGACCUAGAAGAGAUGGAUCGCUUGGUGAAGGCAACGGGUAUUUGGCACUUCCAGGAGUGGCAGAAUGACCACCCUGGGGAGGUUCGUGGCUCUCGUUGA